GACAUUUUCUCUGUGUGGCGGCUCUUGAGGAAAAAUAGAGAGGCAAAGAAAAACCCCAUCAUAUUUCGAGAUUAUUUUGUGAGGUUUUUCUGCGAGGGAGAUAAAAAGUCGAGACGGAGUUGUGGAAAAAAGACGACGAAGAAGAAGAAUAAAAAAAAACACGCGACGAAAGAUCGGGAGACGAAAAUCGCCGCCCAGUUCGGGUUUCGUUCAACAAUAUCAUCACAAAAAGUGCGUGCAUUGCGUAUAGGGAGGUGGGGCGCGGGGAAGGAGUGACUUUUUGGUGGCGCCUUUUCGAAUUUUCCUCAAUCGAGAAAAAAAAGAACUUUUGAAGAAAAAAUUAACCAUUCAAAAAAAUAAGUGUGUGAGACGUGACAAUGUGUUUGUGUUUCUCUUUGACCAGAACGACAAACCGACUAGCCAGUAGAAAUGAAUUAAUAAUUCACAAACAGACAUAGAGAGAAGUUUGAAAAAAAAAAUUCGGCAAAGUGAAGAAAUUGCGCAAAAAAAACGUUUCAAAUAAAUCACAAAAGUGCCUAAACUCAGAACAAACUAAAAAGAAAUCUAACAUUAAAAAAGAAACUUUGGCAAAACAAUGUGAAGACGCCAAAAAGUGAUAUGAUUAAGGCAAAAAUUAAAGACUAAUGCGGACAAACCAAGUGCAUAGAAAAAUUUAGAAAACAAAAUUUGAGGAAAAAAAAUAAAAAUCGAGAAAAAAAUCAGCCAAAUUGGCGAAAAUUAAUUUAAAAGUGAACUAACAAACAAUCCAAGCCCCACACAGCUAAAAAAAAACAACCUGAGAAUUCAAUUUUUGGACAUUUUUGGUUAUAUUUUUUGGUUGACUUUUUUAGACUCUCCUUUGCACAAAUUUUUCGGCCUCAGCUGUGUGUGUGGUUACCUAUUCAAAAUUUUUUUCGUUUAAAAUCCAAAAUUUUUCCUACUCUACAAAAAUCAAAAUUCAAAAUUUUUCCCACUUCGUCCUCUAUAAAAAAAAUCCUCUAUCCCCAAAAAAACACUAACAACGCAAAAUUGUGACAAAAAUUAAGCUCAAUUAAAAAUUUUAAUAAAAACGUGAAAUUCUUUUAAAAAUCGUGAUUUUGUGAAAAUUUUCAAGAAGAAAAUCUUGAAAAGAAAAAUUCAACUCUUGUUGGAAAAUCUGGAUGAGAAAAGGACGAAUUUGCAUCUGCGUCGUCUUUUUGCAUCAUCUUCGGAGCACCAAUUAACUUUGGAAAUUUGCCUUUGAGGAAGCCCAACGUGAAGGUGGAAAAUUGUUAAAAAGCAAAGAUGGGUAGCAGCGAGGGACAGACGUACUGCCUACGAUGGAACAACCACAAGUCCAAUCUCGUGGAGAUUUUGGAUGUGCUGGUGAAGAUGGAGAACUACGUGGAUUGCACACUCUAUGUGGAUGGGAAUGUUCAGUUUAAGGCACACAGGGUGGUGCUGGCCGCCAAUUCGCCCUACUUCCAGGCAAUCCUGCAAGCAGUGCCCAAUGAUCACUGCAGCAUCCUGUGCCCGGGAGUUAGUUCAGUGGAGAUGCGGACUCUCCUUGAGUACAUGUACUCUGGUGAAGUGAAUGUGGCUCAAUCGGAGAUUCCGCGAAUUAUGAAAAUUGCCGAGCAGCUGGAGAUUAAGGGACUCUUCGACAUGGCGGACAUGAAGUACAAGAUGGAGAAGUUUAAAUUCGAAGAGCCUCAACAGUUUUUUGGGACCUUCCAUCAGAGCAAACGCCCCACAUCGGCGGAUCCGUACACAGGCUCAUCCGGUGGCAAUGGGGGCCCAAGUAGCUCCAAGGCGAAUCACCUGCAAUUCCCACACCACCAAUCAUCACCAGUGAUCUCAACAUCCACCAAUGUUUCAUCAGCACAGAGCAGCAGCUCAUCACCGCCCUACAACUACAAAUCCCCCUACACGAGCCUCUACCCCCGAAGCCCUGGCCCAUCCACAGGACCUGAUCGUGGGCCACAGUGGCCACCACUCAGUGCCUCCCUACCUACGCAACAUCUCCAAACAGCCGCAGCAGCCAUGCUAAGUUCAGUUUAUGAAUCCGGAUCAGAUAUGAACCCACUGAAGCGCAAGAAGAUCUCCUCCAUAUCCAGCAUGCUCAUGUCCAGAGACACCCCCAUCCUACGGAAUGUUCUAGCACAACCCAAUGCAGCCGACUCUUCGCAACCCAUGCCACUUGUCUGCCAGCCCGGUGACCCAAGUGAUCGUCAGUCCACGCAGUCCAACGGCAGUACUGACUACUCCUCCAAGAAUGUUAAAAAUGAGGAACCCCACUCGCCGUUUACGGAUAAAUCCUUCGAAGACGACACCAUGGAAUCGCCACAGAACUUUUCUGGUGACUCCCGGAUUGCGCCGUAUGUGCCACAGCAGCAGAAGCCCGAAUGGAAGCGCUACAAACAGUACACACGGAAUGACAUCCUCUCGGCCAUUGAUUGUGUCCGCAAUGGGAUGAGCGCACUGCAGGCUUCGCGGAAGUUUGGGGUGCCAUCGCGAACGCUGUACGACAAAGUGAAGAAGUUGGGAAUCACCACGGGCCGCCCAAUGAAUAGGACGAUGAAGAGAAGCCCCAGCAAUGGAAGUAGCCCAGCUGCCUUCCCUUAUGGGAUCAGUGGCACCACAACUCCGUACUCCCAUCACUCUGGUGGUGGGCAGGAUGGAGUUUCGUUGGCACAUCAAGGUCUCGGCGAUGAUAGGGAUCGCGAUCAGGCGCACCAUCUCCCACCGACGAUUCCCCAUCCAGCUGCUGCUCUCCUGGAUGCCACCUUCCUGCAGCAGGCUCUCGAAGCUCGUGGGGGUGAUAUAGCAGGACGUGAAGCGCUCCAUGCGAUGGCUUUUGCAGCAGCAGCUCAUGCUGCCGUCAAUGGGAUCUCUACCAGCCCUGGAACACAUGGUACAGCCCGUUCUCCCAGUCCCAGUCACUUCAUAAAGUACAUGCGACGCUCGAGGACACCACCAGAUAACGACAGGGAUAAUCACCAUGGUCCAGAGGAGGACUAUCGUGCUGAAGAUUUGUCCAUGGUGAAGAAGGAGAUGAUUUCACCAUCGGGAGCAUCAACACCCAUCCCACCAGGACCUUCGCAUCACUCUCCGAUGUCUCGUGAUGCCUCCCCAGCGCCACAUCCUUCACCCCCGCACUCCCCACCAGGACCACCGGCACCCAGCCAGGGGGUCAUUGUGCCACCACUCACAAAGGUCUCCCCAUCGCUCAAAGACCCCUUCCUGGAGGAACGCCAACGAGAGGCAUCCCCCAUGAAUGAUGAUCCCCACGACUAGGCAGCGCUUCUCCGGCAAUACGAGAUCUUCAGGAUGGCUCUGGGAAUUGCUCUCGACACGAGGUUUGGAAGCAUGCUCAAUCUUUUGAAUUUCCCGCCACACAAAGUUGAAAUGAAAGAGAAAUGAGAGAAAGUUCUGAGAUUCAUAAGGAAAAGCUCAAAGUCUUAAUUUCUCAAGGAGCUUCCUCGUGAUCAUCGUCUAUUGCCGCAUGCUCAAAGCAUAGUUGUGGAUUAAGUGAAACUGAGUUGCUCAAAGUUGCUCAAUCAUUUUCGAACCCAUGUACAAGAAUUAUUUUAAAAAAAUGCUUCAAAUCCGACUGAUGAAUUUGUGCAAUAACAACAAACAAAAAUGAAAAAAACUUUUGCCCAUUUAAAAAAAAACGAAAACUCCUCAAAGGCUCAAAAGAAAUGUGAAAAAAAAACUUGAAAAAAAUUGGAAAAACGAAAAAUUGAUAAGCAAAAAAAAUGAGCAAGCAAACCGCACGUACUUUUAUAUUAAAAAUAUUUUUUUUUCUAUUUUAUUUUAAUGUAAAUAAUUUAUGGCUAUUUUUUCAAAAACAAAAAAAUUCUUCUUUCCUUUAGCAAAAAAAAUCCUCGGCCUUUUUUUCCUAAUAACUAUCCUUCCUUAUCCCUUGUUCUCUUAAUUCAUAGUGAUUUUUUCUUUAUAAUGCCUUUCGCAAGAAAAGAAUAUUAAUGUUGUGCAUCGUUUAGUGAGUAAAAAAAAAGUAAUUUUAAUUAAAAAUUGACUGUAGAUCGUAAAAAAAGAAAUGUCGCAUGUUCGACACUCUGUGUAAAUUUUAAAUCAAAUCUGUCCUACCACCGAGUGCCUAUUUAGAAGAAAAUAUAGUUAAAAGAUGAUUCUUUAGACAAGAGAGAGACACUAUAUUGAAUGUUUUUCAACAUUUUAUGAUUUUUUUUUACAAUAAAAAAAAAACUAUCGCAUAGUUAAUCACCGCCAUUUAAGUAAUUUCUCUAGCACUAAGUCGUUUCUUUUUAAUGAAAAAAAAUGUAGAAAAAACACAAUCAUAACAAUUAAGACAAUUGAACGUAUUAGGGUUAAUUCGUUAAAGAUGGAAGAAGGCAAAACAAAUAGCAACAAUGAGGAUUGUUUAGCUGGUUUUUAUGAGCAGUUUUUAAAUUAAAAAUUGACAAAAUUUUAUUUUAAUUUUUUUUAUAUUGUUCUAUUUGUGUUGAGGGCUGAGGAAGAUUAUAAACAUCUCCGAAACGUCGCUUCAUUUUUUAAUAGAGAAAUUUUUUUAAAAAACCAACGUUUUUUUCAACUACAUUUUCUAUUUGUUUUAAAAUUAAUAGACAGGUUCCAAAUUUUAAUUUCAAGAAUCUAAAAAUUUACAAAAUACAAUAAAAAACAAGAAAGGUUUGAAAUAUUUUAGGUAUUUUCGAAAUAUAUUGAGAAUCCAAAAAAAUAAAUUAAGAAAUUAUUUUUAAAUCAUUUUUCUUUAAUUGUAAAACAUUAAAAAGAAAACAUAAUAAAUCAGCAAAAGCAAUCCUCAACUGAAUUUUCAAAUAAAUCAUCACCAACGACAAGAGUUGCAGAAGAACAAGGAAAAAGCAUUAAAAAAAAUAAAGAAAAAUUCUAUUAUUGAUAUUUGAAUUAAAAUAAAUAUAUAUUUUUAACGAAUGUGUAACUAAUAAAAGAAGAAAAUAAAAAAAAAACCAACAAAAGACUGAUUGAUGGUAUAAAAGUUAUAAUUUGUGGAAGAAGAUUUAGUGGAGGAAAAUGUGUACUGUAGCCAUUCUUAAAUGUAUUUAAAGUGAAGAUUAGUUGGUUAAAUCCUCAAUUAUUAUGCAAUGCUGAGGAGGAAGUAAUGAUGAACUAUUUUUAAUGAAAAGAAAAAUAGAUGAGAAAGAAGUAAUUUAAUGAUGAAAAUCUAGAUGAGACUGAUUGAUUGAAUUUCUGUAGUUCACAAUUUGACAUAUCUGCACAAUAUUUUGCAAAUUUCUUGAGUAUAAAUUAAAUAAAAUAUUAAAUGUUCAUCAACCACGUGAGUGUAAAAGUUCUUUUUGGGGAUGCAAAAAAAUGUUUAGGAAAGUUUGGAGCGGUUUUAUGCUCGAGAGAAAACGAGUUUUCUUCUUAUUUUUCCUUUAUUUAUUUAAAAACUUUUUGCAAUAAAGUUUCUAAAUAAAAAUUCCGAAAUUAUAGAGUUAGCUCAUGCUGGAGGAAAUGUAAUAUCUUUAUUAAAUUUCUAGAAAAGAAUAUUUUGCAAAAAAUUAAUUUACUAUAAAUGGAAAUAAAUUGAAAAUAAAUUAUUAAAAAAAAGCUGGGGCGAUGCAAUAUUCUGCUAUUGCUCCUCAAAAGUUUCAUGAAAAAAAUAGAAGAAGAAAAAUUUAGAGAAGAGGGGACAUAUUGAAGAAAUUAGCUUUAAUAAAGGGUUAGGUUUAGAAGUGAUUUGGCAUGGAAAGAAAAUAUUCUUGGCAAAAAAAUAAAUAAAUAAAAAAUAUAAUAAAAUUAGGAUUCAUUGAUAUAGUUUUUUCGGUUCUUAGAAGAUAAUUUUUUGGCAUUUAUCACAUUAUGUAAAAUUAAUAAAUUUUCAUUAAAACAAUCUCAGAAAAAUAAUCAGCAAAAGAAAAACAAGAAUUAGUAAGAAGAUAAACAGAAAUCUUGUGCAAAACUUUUUUUUCUUUAUUAAAAACAACGCAGAGCAUACAGAAAAUAGAGGAAAAACAUUUUUUUAAUUUCCUGUGAUCUUUUUAAUAGACUGAUAAAUAAUAAAUAAAAAAUAGAGAAACCUAAAUAAACUUAUAGUUGUAUAGAUUUUUUUUAAACUAAACUGAAAUAUUAUUAAUUUGUUAAUUUGUUUUUCUCUCCCGUUAGACUGAUUUUGUGUUUUGUAAUUUUUUCGGGGUAAGUUUUCUUUUUUUUUCUUUUAAAAAGAAUGCAGAGAAAAUUCAUUUUAUUUCCCUCUGCAAUACUCACUGAUUUUUCACGAGAAAGCAGCCAAGAAAAAAAGCAUCACACGCAUCUUGAAUUUUUGGACAAGAUUUUGUAAAUAAAAAAAGGAACUUUUUAAGGAUUUUAUGCAAAAAAAAAUCCUCUUGAGAAAAAAAUAAAUGUUUUAUUUGUGUAAGUUUUCUCUUCGAGUUUUAUUAAAGAAAUAAAAAAAUUGAGAAAGACGUAAGUAAGGAAAAAAAGAUGAGAAAAUGUUGAAAAUUUUUAGAUAAAAAAGACUGCAUUUGAAAUAUUUCUCAAAAGUGGCUUUGAAGAGAUCAUUCUUGAAUGUUUGCAAAAAUAUUAUUAAUAAAAUUUAAAAGAUUAAAGAGAGUGAAAACUUUUUAUCAAACAAUUCCACCCAGUUUUGUGCCUUCUUUUGCCAUAAAAAAAUGAGCGUGUUUUUGAGACGUCUUUUCAGGAAGAGAUGAAAUCACACACCCCCAUUCCAAAAAAAAAUGUAUUUCGAAUAGACGUGACAAGGGCCACCCACACAAGAGCGCCCCACAAACUGCAAGCAAAAAAAAUUAAGAUUUUAUCACACAAAAAAAUGUAUUUUCAGAGAAAGAAAAAUUAAUAAAGAUAAAAGAAUGAAAUCAUUGAAGAUUUAUGAGCAAAAAUAUGAAUUAAAAUGAAUGUUUCGUUGUUUGCAAUAUGUAUACAUUCUUUUUCGGAUGACGAUAUAAAUGUAAUAUUAGAUUAACUUUUACUAUACGUAUGGAACUAUUGUAGAAAAGUAUGAAAUAUAGA